CUUUCAAGCUGUAGUGAAUAAUUUUGUGUUUAACGCAAAUUUUUAUUUCAAGUACCUAUGCUAUGCUAUGCUGUCCCAUUUACUUGGUGCCUUGUUGACAAACUGAAUGCAUGGAUCAUGUUACCCUCUAUUGUGACCAUUUAUAGUGUGAACAUAGAGAUGAGUCUUGAUCAUGACCCUAUGAAAAUAGGACAUAGAGUAAAGGACUAGAGGAAGUGAGUUUUAUGAUUACAGAACCAACAAGAAAAAUUAGUCUUUUGACAAAAGAAAAUCAUGAUGUCCAUUGUUUUUUGUUUCUGGCCUUUUCACUCAAAGAUUGGAUCCACUUCUAAAUAUCUUAACCGGAUAUUUUCAUUAUUUUUGACUGAUUUCUUGAGACUGCCAUAAAUCAAUCUUUUAUUAAUGGAGGAAAACACUUUGUGUUGUUUGGGCAAACAGUUUCGGAUUCUGAUCAUUACUUCUCAAUAGUCAUUAUUUUACUUUUCUUCACAAAUUGAGGUAAUUGUGACUAUAAACAACUUUCCAUACUACAUGUUUAUUUUACUUCAGACGCUCCUCAGGCUUGGUGCAAGCUUUGCUAAAUCCUUAGUCCUCUUCGCUGUCCUUCGAUUUUGUACAGCAGCCUGUCUGACGGGUUUUUUCGCGGCUCAUUAUGUGUACAUCCUGGAGCUUGUGGGACCAACCUACCACACGAUGGCUUCAAACUGUUGUGGCUUCUUUUGGGCCGCUGGUUAUGGUGCUAUUGCUCUCAUGGGUUAUUACAUCAGAGACUGGCGUACACUGCUCCUCGUUUCCAGCUGUCCUCCAGCUCUUUUCCUGCUUUUGUGGUUAAUAAUCCCAGAGUCUGGUAGAUGGCUUCUUGUCCGAGGUCGUGUAGAUGAAGCUGGCCAGGUUGUGAAGAAGUUUGCAAAGAAAAACUCUAUAAUGUCAGAUUACUUAAACAGAGCACUGGCAAAAUGCAGCCGGGGGGAAAUUCUUGCGCGCACAAGAAAAAUACGACAUUCACCCCUCGACCUGUUACGGACACCACGCAUGCGUAAGAGAACUCUGAUUCUCGAUUCUCUGGUUUUGCUGGUUGGUAGUGAACUUAAUCUAUUAUGGUUUCCUGUUCUACGUAUCAGACUUGCCUGGAAGUCCUUAUCUUAACAUGAUUAUAAUAUAUGUUGUCAUUGAUACACCUGGAAUAUUCCUGUGUUGGGUAACAGU